UAUAUACAGUAUAUAUAUAUAUACACAGGUGGGUUCUCAACAGAAAAUUUGAACAUCAAACACUUCAUUUCCUGCAUUCUAGAGAGUAUUUAUACCCCAAUUUAUGACGGAAAUGUUUAGAUUUAUGGUAAGUUUCCAUCAUUAGUAAUAAUAAUGUUAAAAAUAAACCUCCUUGGUCGAUGAUGUUUAUUAAUAACAAAACUGUUACUUUUCAUGAGGAACUCAAGAUAAAACAAAUCAGCAUAAAUGAAAUCAAACCUCUGACGUUGUGGAGAAUGAAAGACAAUAAAACGACAUUAAGCAAACCGCCCUUCUCCUCGUCUGCAGGUGUGGAGACGUCACCGAUCAUCAGCUUCCUCCAGAUGUUGUGACCUCACAGGAACAGGAAGUGAGGAACCAGGAAGUGAGGAAUCAGCUGACCCUCCCUCGGUCAGCUGGUGAUGUCACUGCUGAGUGUGUCGCCUCCAACAUGAUGGGAGAGUCUCGACAAGUCUUUAACCAUCGAGUUUUAAAAGAUCAAAGGUUCUUCACUCCAGCUCUGAUUGGAGCUCUGAGUGCAGCUGUGCUCCUCCUACUGCUCCUAUUGGUUGUCUCUUACAAGUGGAGACAGAAACCCAAAUAUGAGAUCCGCUGGAAGAUCAUUGAGAGCACCGACGGGAACAACUACACCUUUAUUGACCCUCUUCAGCUUCCGUACAACCAGGAGUGGGAGUUUCCUCGAGACAAACUCCGCCUCGGUGCUGUUGUAGGUUCAGGAGCGUUUGGGAAGGUCGUCGAGGCGACGGCGUACGGUCUGGGAACCGACGACGCCACACGGGUCGCCGUCAAGAUGCUAAAACCGAGCGCUCACUCGGAGGAACGCAACGCUCUGAUGUCGGAGCUCAAGAUCCUCGGGCAUCUUGGUUACCAUGACAACAUCGUCAACCUAUUGGGAGCCUGCACUCGAGGAGGUGAUGCAAUGUGUAUAUACAGUAUAUAUAUAUAUAUGUGUGUGUGUGUGUGUGU